AGCGUCCAGCUGCCUUCCCUGGAGGAAGCAAGAAGGCUGGCGGGCAGUUCCGGGUUGUGGUGGAGCCAGGGGAGGAGGUGGGAAAGGAGCUGCCGUCCUGGCCUCUCCGUAUGCCGGCGGAGGAGCUUCAGACCUCUCUACGCCUCAGUUUCCUCUAUGGACUGAGGCUGUCGGAGAACCCACUCGGCCGAGUUACCUCGAGGGUCAGCGGAUGGGACCAGCACAUACAAACAGCACCGCAGGACGCCCUCCUCCUCCAGCACCCUGGCCUACUCCCCUCGGGAUGAGGAGGACAGCAUGCAGUCCAGGGCUGCCGCCGCCUUGGGAUUGGCUGCUGGAGAUGCCCCCUGUGCAGCCCACAUUCCCUCACGGGAAGCAGGAAGCAGGGCUAGCGUGUCCUCGCAGAAUUGAAUAGCAGGAAGUCUCUCCAUUUACACAAAGAAAGUUGGCAGACCCCCCCAUCAGCACCCCACGCCGCUCGGACUCUGCCAUCUCCGUUCGCUCCCUGCACUCCGAGUCCAGCAUGUCCCUGCGCUCCACGUUCUCGCUGCCUGAGGAGGAGGAGGAGCCGGAGCCACUGGUGUUUGCCGAGCAGCUCUCGGUGAAGCUGUGCUGCCAGCUGUGCUGCAGUGUGUUCAAGGACCCCGUGAUCACCACCUGUGGGCAUACAUUCUGUCGAAGAUGUGCCUUGAAGUCAGAGAAGUGUCCUGUGGACAACGCCAAGCUGACGGUGGUGGUGAACAAUAUUGCCGUGGCCGAGCAGAUCGGGGAGCUCUCCAUCCACUGCAAGCAUGGCUGUCGGGCAGUGGGGGUCGGGAAGCCCACUGUCUUUGAGGUGGACCCCCGAGGGUGCCCCUUCACCAUUAAGCUCAGUGCCCGGAAGGACCACGAGAGCAGCUGUGACUACAGGCCUGUGCGGUGCCCCAACAACCCCAACUGCCCGCCCCUUCUCAAGAUGAACCUGGAGGCCCACCUCAAGGAGUGCGAGCACAUCAAGUGUCCCCACUCCAAGUACGGGCAGCCAUCCUGUCCCUCCAGAUGCACGUUCAUCGGGAACCAGGACACGUAUGAGACGCACCUGGAGACCUGCCGCUUUGAGGGCCUGAAGGAGUUCCUCCAGCAGACGGAUGACCGCUUCCACGAGAUGCACGUGGCACUGGCCCAGAAGGACCAGGAGAUCGCCUUCCUGCGCUCCAUGCUGGGCAAGCUCUCGGAGAAGAUUGACCAGCUGGAGAAGAGCCUGGAGCUCAAGUUCGACGUCCUGGAUGAGAACCAGAGCAAGCUGAGCGAGGACCUCAUGGAGUUCCGGAGGGACGCAUCCAUGUUGAACGAUGAAUUGUCCCACAUCAAUGCACGGCUGAACAUGGGCAUCCUAGGAUCCUAUGACCCGCAGCAGAUCUUCAAGUGCAAAGGAACCUUUGUGGGCCACCAGGGCCCUGUCUGGUGUCUCUGUGUCUACUCCAUGGGGGACCUGCUCUUCAGUGGCUCUUCUGACAAGACCAUCAAGGUGUGGGACACGUGUACUACCUACAAGUGUCAGAAGACACUGGAGGGCCAUGAUGGCAUUGUGCUGGCACUCUGCAUCCAGGGGUGCAAGCUCUACAGCGGCUCCGCAGACUGCACUAUCAUUGUGUGGGAUAUCCAGAACCUGCAGAAGGUGAACACGAUCCGGGCCCAUGACAACCCGGUGUGCACGCUGGUCUCCUCUCACAACAUGCUCUUCAGUGGUUCCCUGAAGGCCAUCAAGGUCUGGGACAUUGUGGGCACUGAGCUGAAGCUGAAGAAGGAGCUAACAGGCCUAAACCACUGGGUGCGGGCCCUGGUGGCUGCCCAGAGCUACCUGUACAGUGGCUCCUACCAGACAAUCAAGAUCUGGGAUAUCCGGACCCUCGACUGCAUCCAUGUCCUACAGACAUCUGGUGGCAGUGUGUACUCCAUCGCCGUGACGAAUCACCACAUUGUCUGUGGCACCUACGAGAACCUCAUCCACGUGUGGGACAUCGAGUCCAAGGAGCAGGUUCGGACCCUGACAGGCCACGUUGGCACCGUGUAUGCCCUGGCAGUCAUCUCGACACCAGACCAGACCAAAGUCUUCAGCGCAUCCUAUGAUCGGUCUCUCAGGGUCUGGAGUAUGGACAACAUGAUCUGCACACAGACCCUGCUGCGUCACCAGGGCAGUGUAACUGCUCUGGCCGUGUCCCGGGGCCGGCUCUUCUCAGGGGCUGUGGACAGCACUGUGAAGGUUUGGACUUGCUGACAGAAUCCAGGCCAGGUCUUGACUUCUUCUGGGCCCACCCUAGGCCUGUCUAAGCCAGGCUGGUCUCAGGGUCUCUGCCUGCCUAUUAGGGGAUAGGCGGGCAGGCUCACCUGGCCAGGCACUGUCCUGAUCCUGCACCUGGCGAGUCUCCCUCUGUCUGGCUCUGUCAUCAUUGCUGCCAGGACAGUGCCCAGACCCUCUCUCUACACUCCAGGUAUAAUGCUUGCCCGGUCCACCCUCCAUCCCCAUUCCUGAUGGACUACAGGACUUUUUAACUCACCUUUUCUAUUGUUUUUAGACUGUACAUAGAUUUGAUUACUUCUGAUUGAAAUAAAAGCUGCACAGACUGUG